CGGCAACCCGGAUAUUCCCCGCCCCAGAGACCACCACACCACCAAAGCACACUACCACCAAUCACGAGAACACCUGAACCAUUCCAAUCGACAUCGCAUCGGGGAUGGCUAUCGCCGACUCAUCAGAUCCUACCGAACAUGACCAUCCAUCCUCCUCCUCAGCUGCUGCUGCUGCUCGGCUGGCCCCAAGACGGAAACGGGUCUGGAAAGCGAACAAGAUAUUCCGCAAUCAACUCAAAUUCAUCGGACCUGGCAUAGUGGCCGCAGUAGCUUAUUGUGAUCCAGGAAACUGGGCAACUGAUUUAGAAGCCGGUUCCACAUUUGGAUAUGCCCACCUAUUCGUAAUUCUCUCGGCUUCGAUGAUGGCGAUAGUGCUUCAGGUUCUUGCAACCCGGUUGGGUUACGUUACGGGGAAAGACCUGGCACAGCACUGCAGAGCAAGGUUUUAUGAUCGUCCAACACACACGAAACUGUGGCGGUGGGCUUGUUUAUAUCCUCUGUAUGCUGUUUGUGAGGCUGGAAUCAUAUUUACCGAUUUAGCUGAAUUGCUUGGUUCCGCGAUUGCGCUCAAAAUGUUGAUUCCAAGAUUGCCGCUUUGGGUUGGCGUCCUACUUACUUCAACCGACGUUUUCAUAGUCCUAGCCUUCUUCAAUUCCUAUCCAGAAAUCUCCAGUCGCAGCCGCCGUUCCAUGCAUAUCUUCGAAUUCUCGGUCUCGAUACUCGUCCUGAUCGUUCUAGUUUCUUUUAUCGUCUUGAUCGUCAACGUCCAGCCAGAUUGGGGGGAUACUUUCCGAGGCUACUUGCCCAGUCGGACCAUGAUUGUCAAUGGCGGAUUGUAUCUUGCGGUCAGCAUAGUUGGCGCGACAGUUAUGCCUCACUCCAUAUUCCUAGGUUCCAAGGUUGCCAUUUCGGAUCGAUUAAAGCCUUCGCCUAUGGAGGAUAAAGAGACACAACUAGGGCGAUCACCUGACCCUAGCACUUCUCCAAAUCUCUCGCCCAUUCAACAAUCUGGCGAUCUGCCCUCCCUCCAAAUCGCUCGCGCAGCUGGCCUACGUUUGCACCAGACCUCACCCGUCAACGACUACGUCAGUUCCGUUGAACAUUGUAAAGCCCAUCUUGCGCACGCUAGCUUCGAUGUCGCCAUAUCCCUUUUCACGCUUGCUUUGCCUAUCAAUUCAGCUAUUCUCAUCGUUGCGGCUGCUGCGUUCUAUUACAGUGGAUCGGAUGGCCCCUCACAGGUGGCUGAUCUAGCAUCGGCUCAUCAGUUACUGACGAGUCGCGUUGGAGUCGGAUCAGGCUAUAUCUUUGCCAUCGCUUUAUUGGUGGCUGGUCAAGCCGCUUCUAUUACGGUCACCCUGGCCGGCCAGAUUGUCUCUGAGGGAUUUAUCGAAUGGCGCACUCGACCAUUCGUCCGAAGACUGGUCACCAGAUUAAUCGGAAUCGUUCCUUCUGCCAUUGUGGCUGCAUCCGUCGGACCGCAGGGCGUCGAUGACCUCUUGAUUGGAAGUCAAGUGGCGCUGAGUAUGGUUUUACCAUUUGUCGUUCUACCUUUGAUCAUCUUUACAUCAGAUCCACAGACGAUGACCAUGCCCAAUUACCACUCACUCCCCUCAGGAUCACCGAUCGGCUCUCCCACCACCACACAUCCUACUAAACCACCUGGCGAAAAUGAAAACGAAGGCUCGCUGGCGCUCAUGUCUUCAAAUGAAUCUACAUUUGAAAACAAUUUGGCCACCAAGAUCAUUGUUGGUCUCAUCUUCUGUAUUUGUUGCGUCGCUAACGUUUAUGCUAUUGUACAAUUAGCUCAGGGUAGGACUUGAACGAUAUGUACAUUUUGUAUUUAUUCAUGCGGUCAAUCAGUCAUCUUCGUGUAAAGUUCCACUUUGUUGUUUUGCAUUGCGAGUAAUCGGAGCUAUAGAUGUCGUUUUACAUAGUCAAAAGGCAGUUUUCUAUUCGUAUUUUGUUUGUUCAUUUGAUCCUUACAUCACCAUUUAACUGUAACUUAAAUUCAAUUUGGCUGAAGCAAACAAUAAGAUUGCAAGUGGCUAGACUCAUUCACAUAUCUGUAAUGUAUCCUCUGACUCCUAGACAUGAUCAACGGAUAGAACAAAGCUAGAAAC